AUGCACGUUAUCAAAUCGAUAUUUAUCUUGUUGACUCUCAAGCUUGCACUGGUUUGCGCUUGUGAUGAGACUAAAUUCCGCCAUGCUUGCGGACAGAAUCAUUCAGGAGGAGUUGCGAAAGCUAGACUUCACGCGACCGAUGACCGGAGAGACCAAAACGGGGGCAGCAGUGGCAGCGGUUCCCUGCUUCAUAAUACAACGCAAGUAGCGGCUCAAGCUUUUCGCAAUGGUGAACCCAACAAGUACAGUACGUCUGUGGUCUUCCCUCCUCAUGUUGGAUCUUCCGGCCCAUUUUUAAGCUCGUAUGAAAUUUUCGAAUUCCGGGGUCUGAAAAACCGUCUAGUUGUUCAAAACUUGCAGAGCACCACACUGGGUUUUUCAGGAGCAAGUACUCUCUUACUUCACGUCUAUGGAAAGCAACACACAAUUCAAAUCCCGAAAGCAAAGAAGAGAGAGUUAUUCCACCCCUGUUCUCGGUUUCUAUUAGCUUCAAGAGCUCAUGAGCAGGAUGACGAAUCGGAGGCACCCGUCGCAGGCUUUCUGAUGUGGAGAUUCGACUUCGAAGAGUGCUUUAGCAGUCACAGAAGAAGCGUCGAGUCCAAAACAUUCCAAUCCCUCCAAGGUAACGGCAAUUCAACCAUCAACAACUCGGGCUUAAAGAUGUUUGGUGGCAUGAUCAACGACGAUUUCAGAGUUAUCCCUCAUCAAAUUCUUGAAGGAUUUCGAGUUCAAAAUCAGGCAAGAGGUGCCGCAAUAGACUGCUUCUGCUCAUUGAAUCAAUUGAUCAAGAAAAAAGUUCAAAGACGACAAGGCGAUUCUCCAAGCUCCAAAGGGGAGUACAACGCAUGUCCCAAUGCUUUUACACUGCUCAGCCUCAGACGUCUCGGCCGACUUUAUAACCCAUCUAUUCUCGGCCCGGUUCGGGUUCGGGUUCGGUUGGGGACCCAGAUCGAGCCAUCGCAAAUGUACUAA